AUGUGUGGAGACGAAGCGCCGGCCGUUAUAAUUGACAAUGGAUCCGGAUUGUGUAAAGCUGGGAUCACAGGUGAAAUGAAGCCGUGGUCGACUAUCGUGUCAGCUGUCGGCCACCCUAAAGAGAAAAUGGAGGACUGUUACAUCGGGGGGAAAGCCAUCUCCAAGAAAAGCAGCCUGGUUUUGAACUAUCCUGUUGAGCGUGGCACCAUUACUCAUUGGGAGGACAUGGAGAAUCUGUGGAGACAUAUCUACAAAUAUGAGCUUAACUUAAAAGCCAGCGAGAGGCCUGUGCUUCUCUCAGAACCUCCCCUAAAUCCUCUUAGGAAACGGGAAAUAAUGACCGAGGUGAUGUUUGAACACUUCAAGGUACCAGCUUUGUACCUUGCCAUCCAAGCCACUUUGGCUCUUUAUGCGUCGGGACGCACCACUGGGUUGGUGGUGGAUGCUGGAGACGGGGUAACUCACACUGUCCCCAUCUAUGAAGGCUACUGUCUACCUCAUGGGGUGUCCAGACUUGACAUUGCCGGAAGGGACAUUACCAAAUACCUCACCCAUCUGCUUUUAGACAACAGCCAUUUGUCUGCGAGCAGAGCUGAGGAAACCACGGUGAAGGCCAUCAAGGAGAAGUUCUGCUACGUAGCUUUGGAUCCCAAGCAAGAAGUGGAGAAGAAAACGGAGGGAGUCCUGAAGCUACCAGACGGAAACAGCAUCCAAAUCCAUCUCCACCCCUGCAGGGCACCCGAAAUCCUUUUUGCGCCAAAGACCGUUGGUGUCGAGGCACCGGGUCUUCACACAAUGAUCACCGAUAGCAUCAGGAAGUGUGACAAGGAUAUUUGUGGCGACCUUUAUGGGAACCUGGUUCUCUCAGGGGGCUCUUCACUUUUUCGGGGGAUGGAGGAGAGGAUUUCUAAAGAGAUAGAACCCAAAGUUCCAAACAAAGUUCCGGUGCGGAUCAUUGCGACCAAAGAGAGAUCAUGGGCUUCCUGGCUAGGAGGUUCAAUUAUCACCUCCUUAUGCUCCUUUGUACCAAUGUGGAUUACCUUAAAGGAUUACACAGAAUUUGGGGUAGCUGCAGUCCAUCGCAAAUGCUUUUAAGGUCUGACAUCACACCCAAAUGAAAGCCUUCAGCAACGACUG